AUGGUGUACACAAUCGUCGUCCAUCUCCGCGCAAAGCCCGACCCGGAAUGCAUCUCGAAGCUGCACGCGAAGCUGCUCGAGGCGUCGGCCGUCUACUCCAAAGAUAAGGAGACGCUGUCGUGGUUUGUCAUGCAGUCCGUCCACGACAAGCAGGACUUCUGCAUCGUCGAGCGCUACCUCAACGAGGGCUCGCAGAAGUAUCACCUCGAGAACCCGUACUGGAAGACGUUCGAUCCGUAUGUGAUCCCGUUGCUGGAGAAGGAGAUGGAUUUGAGGCGGUUUGAGGAGUUGGUUGAGGGCGAGAAGAGGGAAUAA